UAAAGUGUAACAGUCGCAGGCUCGCAAUCGAUUUCAUCCUUACAAUACCUAGGUACCUCGUACGUACUACCUACUAAGUAGAUACUGAUUUGAGGAGGAUAUUUACAUAUUUGGAUACCUAGGUAUCUGCACACUCAUUUUGUUUUGUUUGUCAUUUGGCUUGGAUUCGUUUCGUUUGUUUCCGUUUGACGUGCUUGGCUUUUGCUACGUACAGUACGAACGAUCAAAUCCGGAUCCUAGGUAGGUAGAUAUGCUUCUUGGGGGUCUGCGAGUAGGUUGACUACGUUCAUAUCGCUCGGUAUGUUUUGUUAUUUUCUUCGCUUUUCUUCUGUGCUAUUGUGCUUUUUCAGCUUGUGGGUUUAAGGAUUCGUUCGGUUUCUCUUUCCUUGGUACCUGUACCUACCUAUUAAUACUUCCCUUGAUAGGUAUCUGUCUAUCUCUUUUACCUCUCUUCGCUCUGUCCGCAUCCAGCACUGUUGGACAAAACUGAGUUCCUUUGGUCUUUGUUUCGUUUUCAUUUUGUGGUUUGGGGUCUUUUGUUUGUUUUGGGUCGCGUAUAAUUUUUGCUGGUGCGCGUUGAUUGACUGGACUGGACUGGACUGACUGGAUCGGGUGUUUGUUACAGAUAAAGAUUUCUAGUCCUUUUCUUUGCGGUUUGUUUCGAAUUCGAGUGAGAUCUUUUGCUUUCUCGUGUCAUCGAUUGGAAUCUGAGUCUGCGUCUGUAGGUACGAGAAUUUUGCAUCGGAAGCUGGUUCUUGGGAUAGAUACUUUUAUUGAGGGGGCACAGUUUCGUGUUAAGAGCGGGGUUAAAAAGAAGAAGAAGAAGAAGGAGAAUAAAAAGAGGAAUCAAGAGAGGAAUUCGAACAGUACUAAAAAUAAGAACAAUAAUAAGAGGUUGCUAGACGUUUUCAAUUCUCUUAAGAAGAAACGGAAGAGGAUUGUGAGAGAGGGAAAGUUUGGACUUGGAAAGUUAGGAUAUUUAAGACGCUGGACAAAUUUGGGAAAUUCGAAAAUGCCUCCUGCUACGAGGAAGAGAAAGUUUGCUGAGCAGGGAGAAGGAGAGGUGAAUGAGAAGGGAGGGGCAGGCGGAGCGCAGAAAUAUUAUGCGGUUAGGAAGGGGAAGAAAACGGGGGUGUUUACCAAUUGGGAUGAUUGUAGGGAACAGAUUACUGGGUUCGCAGGGGCUAUGUGUGAGUUUUCUCUUUCUUAAGAGGGAGGGAGAAUAGGUGAUUUUGGGAAUAUGAUUUGAUAUUCUGAUCUGGAACAGAAAGGUGCUAAUAUCAGAUAUUCCGCAGAUAAAUCCUUCUCGACAAAUUCAGACGCGGAAGCAUUUGUAGCCGGCAAGAACCCUGCGAAACCUUCACAAGGAGAUAAAUUCUAUGGUGUAGCUGUUGGACAUGAAACAGGAGUUUAUGAGGAUUGGGCGGAUGCGAAGAAACAGAUUGAUGGGGUUAAAGGGCCAAAAUAUAAGAAGUUUGCUACGAGGGAGGAGGCGGAGGAGUUUGUGAAGCAAGGGGGAAAGGCUAGUAAGAAGGCGAAGACAGCUACGGAGAAAGACGUUAAGGAGGAGGGUGGAAAGAAAGUGGUGAAGGGAAAAGGGAAAGUUACUGUGGGGGAGAAUGCGCACCAGGCGGAUAAGGCAGAUAUGAUAAGGGUCUGGACGGAUGGGAGUAGUAGGGGAAAUGGAAAGGCUGGGGCUGUGGCUGGAUAUGGAGUUUUCUUUGGAGAUGGUGAUGAGAGGUAUGUUAAUUCCUUUAUUCAAAUGCUCCCAAAAUACAUACUAAAAGCAAACCUUAGGAAUAUUUCUGCCCCUCUGGAAGGUUCACCUCAAACCAAUCAACGCGCUGAACUCACUGCCGCUCUUCGCGCUCUCGAAAUCGUACCUCUGGAUAAAAACAUUGAAAUCAUUACAGACAGCAAUUACACAAUUAAUUGCGCAACGGUGUGGUACAAGGGCUGGGAGAAAAAUGGUUGGAAAACCAGUACCGGGAGCCCGGUCAUGAAUGAAGAUUUGGUGAAGCAGAUUAGGGAACGCAUUGAUGAGAGGACGAAGGGUAAAGUUCUGACAAAUUUGACGUGGGUUAAGGGACAUGAUGACAAUCCGGGGAAUGUCGCAGCAGAUAGGUUGGCUGUUAGUGGGGCGAUGGGGAAAAGGAAGUGAAUGGAGGAAAGAUGGCGAGGGGAAAAGAAAAGCGGGUUCAUAUAGGUAUGAGUGAUAUGGUAUUGCUCGGUAGAUAGAAUAUCUUUGUAGCCCGUUGAGGUUGGGUCGAUUAAGGAGUGAGAGUCCGUGAUGUUCAAUUGAUGCUUUUGAAGGAUGAGCAUGGCAUUCAUGCCUUUGAUGAUGAUACCAAUCCUACAUAUCAUAGGUACCCUUUUGUAUUGACUUGACGAUUUGAUGGUGUUCUUAUACGACACGAGCUAAUACUCAACUCCACUCAGCUGCCGCUUUAUAGCUUGGAGAACCCGAGGGGAUUAUAUCUUCUUGUGACA